AUGGCCACGCUCCACAGCAUUCUCUUCACUUCCGUUCUUAUUGGAAUAGCAGCAUUCUUCUAUGAAGUUCAGGGUGCACCAACCGGAGACCGCUCUGCGCACCUUGGACAGCAGUCUGUUAGCAAACACUACCGAUGUCACCGAGGCAAGGCGGUGGAGGCUGUGGAUGCGGAUGUGGAUGCUGCGGAUGCGGUGGUGGAGGAGGUGUUUUGUCGGUCUGCUGCGAGUGCGGUGGUGGAGGUGGUUGCGGGUGCUGCUGUUGUAAGCCACGCUGAGCUGUGCACUUGUAUCGCACUUGUCCGGGCAUCUUGUUGCUGCACCAGUGCUGCCACGUGCUGCCGGCCAUGUUGCGGAUGUGGUUGUGGUUGCUGCGGAUGCGGUGGUGGCGGUGGAGGACGUAAACGCCGUUCGCUCGACAACCUUAGAAUUCGACUUGGUGCCAAAAAAUUGGCUGAACUGAAAGGAGAAGAACAUUCCUCUGCUGAGUACCCACGACAGAAACGGGACAUCAUGUGCCACAACGAGUGUGUCUUGCCGGCUGGCGGCCAUCUCGGACAUGAGCACGAGAUCUACGGGGAUUACUGA